AUGGCACAUCUGAACCUGAGAUAUCUCUUGGCUUUGGCCUUAGUGCACGUGGUAUUUUCUUCCGGUGUGUUUGAACUGAAAAUUAAUUCAUUCCACACUGCGCAACGCAUCUGUAGGAGACACAGGGACUGUCACAUAUUUUUUAGAAUAUGUCUAAAACAUCCAGAGGAUGUGAUUUCAGCAGAGCCACCUUGCACCUUUGGAACUGGACACACCAAUGUCAUCAGGGCUGAUCACACCUCGAUUUCUAGCAGCGCUCCCAUCAGAGUGCCAUUCCACUUCAAGUGGCCGGGAACAUUUUCAUUGAUCAUUGAAGCCUGGAACGCCGAAUCUCCCACUGAAUACACAGAUAACCAGAACAACCUUGUGAACCGUCUGGCAACCAGGAGGAGACUUGCCAUCGGUGAGGACUGGUCUCAGGACGUCCAUUUUGGAGAACAGAGCGAGCUGCGUUACUCCUACCACGUCUUCUGCGACGAGUACUACUUUGGAGACGGCUGCGCUGACUACUGCAGGCCAAGAGACGACACGCUGGGACACUACACCUGCGACGAGGAGGGCAACCGCAUCUGCCUGGAGGGCUGGAAGGGAAACUACUGCUCUGAGCCCAUCUGCUCGGCGGACUGCAGUGAGAGGCAUGGCUAUUGCGAGGCCCCUGGGGGCUGUACGUGUCGCAUGGGCUGGCAGGGCCCCUCCUGCAUUGAAUGCGUCCGCUACCCAGGCUGCCUCCACGGGACAUGCAGCCAGCCAUGGCAGUGUAACUGCCAAGAGGGCUGGGGGGGCCUUUUCUGCGACCAGGAUCUCAACUACUGCACCAACCACAAGCCCUGCGCCAAUGGUGCAACCUGCACCAACACGGGUCAAGGCAGCUACACCUGCACCUGCCGACCUGGCUUCGGAGGCACCAACUGUGAGCUGGAAACCAACGAGUGUGACAGCAACCCCUGCAAGAACGGAGGCAGCUGUAAUGACCUGGAGAACGACUACUCGUGCACCUGUCCUCAGGGAUUCUACGGUAAGAACUGCGAGAUCAUCGCCAUGACCUGCGCCGACGGUCCCUGCUUCAAUGGCGGCACCUGUGUGGAGGCCAUGACCGGAGGCUACACCUGCCGCUGCCCUCCUAGCUACACCGGCUCCAACUGUGAGAAGAAGCUGGACCGCUGCAGUAACAGGCCCUGUCUGAACGGUGGCGACUGUCUGGACCUUGGCCAGAGUGUCCUGUGCCGCUGUCAGCCAGGUUUCACUGGUGCCAACUGCCAGGUCAACUUCGACGACUGUGCUUCCAACCCCUGCCAGAACGGCGGGACCUGCCAAGACGGUGUGAAUGACUACACCUGCUCCUGCACCCUAGGGUACACCGGCAAGAACUGCAGUGUGCGCUCAGAUGCCUGCGGCGCCCGUCCCUGCCAGAACGGUGGCACCUGCUUCACCCACUUUACUGGGCCAGUAUGCCAGUGCCCUAAAGGCUUUAUGGGUCCGAGUUGUGAGUUCACACUUCAGCCCAGUUUCAAGCCUGCUUUGCGCCAAACCUCCCAGCCCUCCUCAGCCACCCUCACCAUCUCCUGCUUUCUGGCCAUCAUGGUGUUGAUUCUGGUGGCUGGCAUUAUCUUUCUGAGGAGGAGAAGGAGGCUGCAGGGGAGGAAGCAGCUGAGCGACAUUGCAGUUUACAAUGAUUUGGACACAGUGAACAACCUGGGAGGAAACGAGAGAGAUUCCUUCCUCGUUCCCAACGGCAUGUUCAAGAUCAGCAACAGCACGGCACGCCUUAGCCUCUCCCUCUGCCCAGAUGGAAGAUCCGGGUACAGACACAGUCCCGUGGAGAGCGGCCACACCAGAGGCGAGCGUCAGGACUUUAUGUGGAGAGACGAGGCCGGCCCGGGCUCCGGAGCAGGACUGAGAUGA